CCCCCCUCCCCGCCCCCGCCCGCGCCGCUCCUCGCUCCGGGGACACCGGGCAGCGCCGCCCUUAGCGCCCAGGCCUCGCGUGGCUUCUCUUCGUCUCGCCUUCUCGCCCAGCGCCUCUCGGGGUGUGAGCGGCGCCGGGAAGGGCCCCGCCGGCGGGCUCGGGCACGGGCCCGGGAGGAGGAGGAGGAAGCGGAGGAGCAGCAGCAGCGCUGCUUCCCACCCUCCCCCCUAACUCCCGCCAUGGCCGACAACGAGAAACUGGACAACCAGCGCCUCAAGAACUUCAAGAACAAAGGCCGCGACCUGGAGACUAUGAGAAGACAAAGAAAUGAAGUUGUUGUGGAGUUGAGAAAGAACAAAAGAGAUGAGCAUCUUCUAAAGAGGAGAAAUGUUCCCCAUGAAGACAUCUGUGAAGAUUCUGAUAUAGAUGGUGACUUCAGAGUGCAAAACACUUCUUUGGAAGCAAUCGUACAGAAUGCUUCAAGUGACAACCAGGGCAUACAGUUAAGUGCUGUGCAGGCUGCAAGAAAGCUGCUCUCCAGUGAUCGCAAUCCACCAAUUGACGAUCUAAUAAAGUCAGGAAUAUUACCUAUUUUAGUGCACUGUCUUGAAAGAGAUGACAAUCCUUCUUUACAGUUUGAAGCUGCAUGGGCCUUGACAAACAUUGCUUCUGGAACUUCUGAACAAACACAGGCCGUAGUUCAAUCUAAUGCUGUGCCACUUUUUCUGAGACUGCUGCAUUCACCUCAUCAAAAUGUUUGUGAGCAAGCCGUGUGGGCUUUAGGAAAUAUCAUAGGUGAUGGACCCCAGUGUAGAGAUUAUGUUAUUAGUCUUGGAGUAGUGAAACCACUGCUGUCCUUCAUCAGCCCAUCUAUUCCCAUAACUUUCUUAAGAAAUGUUACAUGGGUCAUGGUCAACUUGUGCCGUCACAAAGAUCCUCCUCCACCGAUGGAAACAAUUCAGGAGAUCCUUCCAGCUCUCUGCGUUUUAAUUCACCACACAGAUGUAAAUAUAUUGGUAGAUACGGUCUGGGCACUCUCAUAUCUAACGGAUGCUGGCAAUGAACAGAUCCAGAUGGUGAUAGACUCCGGAAUAGUCCCUCAUUUGGUUCCUCUUCUCAGUCAUCAAGAAGUUAAAGUGCAAACUGCUGCGCUGAGAGCUGUUGGAAAUAUUGUCACUGGUACCGAUGAACAGACACAAGUAGUUCUGAAUUGUGAAGCUCUUUCACAUUUUCCAGCACUUCUGACACAUCCCAAAGAAAAAAUUAAUAAGGAAGCAGUGUGGUUCCUAUCUAACAUCACUGCAGGAAAUCAGCAGCAAGUUCAGGCAGUAAUAGAUGCAAAUCUUGUUCCAAUGAUAAUACAUCUCCUAGAUAAGGGUGACUUUGGUACUCAGAAGGAAGCUGCUUGGGCAAUAAGCAACUUAACAAUCAGCGGAAGAAAAGACCAAGUGGCGUACUUAAUUCAACAAAAUGUAAUUCCUCCCUUUUGCAACUUGCUGACAGUAAAAGACGCACAAGUUGUGCAAGUGGUUCUGGAUGGACUAAGUAAUAUAUUAAAAAUGGCUGAAGAUGAAGCAGAAACCAUAGCCAAUCUUAUAGAAGAGUGUGGAGGCCUGGAGAAAAUCGAACAGCUACAAAAUCACGAAAAUGAAGACAUCUACAAACUGGCUUAUGAGAUCAUUGAUCAGUUCUUCUCUUCAGAUGAUAUUGAUGAAGAUCCUAGCCUUGUUCCAGAAGCAAUACAAGGCGGAACAUUUGGUUUCAAUUCAUCUGCCAAUGUACCAGCAGAAGGGUUCCAGUUUUAGAGUGGUAUUUUGGAAGUUAGGUACAAUGCAGCACUGAAUAAAAAAAAGGUUUGAUCCAUCAA